AUGACUAAGGGAGUGCUAGGAGAGAUGAUACGAGUGUUACGACUGUGUUUCCUCCUACAACUCCUCCUUGACAGGGGUACCACUUGUGCGACUGAGGUAAUAGAGUUCUACAACUUCCUGCAGCUGGCAUGUAAAAACACUUCCUCCUUGGUGAUGAAAUGCCCGUUCUCCAGCGAGACAUACUUCCUCAGGACCACGUACCUGGGACGAUUGAGGCAGGUGAUAGUUAAUGGAACCUGCUCCAAUGACCCCAUCUCCUACCAGGCUUGUGGACUGAGGGGAUACUCUGAUUUCCUUAACUUCCGGAAAGCCACUGACUCGUUCUAUCAGGAAGAACGCAGGACUUUCUGCGGGUUCGUGUGUGAAACAAUGAAGCAGGGCAUGCUGGCGCCUGGUAACAUCUGGUACAUCCCCAAUUCAGGAAAGUUUGGCAUGAACUCAGACACAAUGAAUAUUAAAGCGACCUGGUUAGAAUUCUGCGAUGGGACGGAGGACUGCAAAAACACUGAAAUAGACGAGGAAGGCUGUUUUGACGACAUGUAUACUAUGAGGACGGGCGGAGAGCUUGAGGCGAGUAAGAUCUGUGACGGCGAUUGUGAAAGAGUCACGUUCUUUGAUAACAGUGACUACUGUGAAGAUGAGGCUUAUUGUAACGGAUUCACGUACGGGAUUUAUUGUGAUGCCGAUACCAGGUAUAUUUCACCCAUGGACAUGAGAUGUAAUCAGUUGUCCUGUGAUGAAGAGAGUACUGGGGUGAGUCUGUGUGAUCAAGAGAACGUUACAGCCUGUACUAGGGGAGGUUUGGUGGUUCCCCUUCUCAACUCAACUCGCUGCUUUACCUUCUCAGACACACCAAUGUGUGAUAAUGGGCUGGAUCAGACCAACUGUUCAGACCCCUCCAGAGUAGUCCUCAGUUGUGAAAUUAACGGCUACAUUUCCACAGUAUCCAGAACUGCGGUGUGUACCAAACAGAGCAGGUUUCUCCCUCAACUCUGUGAUAAUGGACUAGACAAGCUAUGUGUGGAGACGAGUAUAUUCUGUUUGGUACACAAACACCAGCUGUGUGACGGAAGAGUGGACUGUCCUGAUAAAACUGAUGAAUUGGGAGCUCCUUGUCUAAAGAGAACCGUCUACACCUGCACCAGACCCUUCAGUUUGGAUACUAGUUCAAUAAAUGUAGUGAACUUUCCUCUGGUGUGGGUUAAUGAUGGCGUGGAAGACUGUCAGGGUAGUGAGGACGAGAAUGAACAGUGGCCUACUUGUGGAACCGGCAUCACCAUGAGGUACAGGGGGAUAGAAGAGAUGUGCAGUGAAGUGUAUCUCUGUGCUUCAGGCUCAUUUGUAGAGUUACCAAGUUUGUGCGACAAAGUGGAGACGUGUGGUAACGAGAUCAGGGUGUGUCAGAUCUCCAGUAACACGGUUAGCACUUCUAACAGAGUGGUCGCAAUUGAAGGAUCCAUCACCACUCCUAAAGUUGUUAUCUUCCCAAGUUGCCUGGAUGGUCUCAUGGAAAUCGAAAGGUUCCAAAACUCACUUUGUAGAAGAGUACCAUUCAAGCUUAAGAACUAUGAGUUCUUGGGUAAAACUAGUUCAACAGAAGUAGCAGCUCCCGGGAGAAGGCUCAGCUGCGACUAUAUGUUUGGUGAAGCAUAUGUUUAUCUGAGCUGUACUGGUCAGUGUAUCAACUCUAGCUGUCCUCUUACUAAACCAGUGCAGCACAGCUCCUGUGCCAACCAGUUCCCCGGUAGGAUCUACUCUCUCAGGAAUAACGCUGACAUCACCUUCGCAGUUAGAUCCAGAGACCAUCUCUAUCACAACGACUUCUUUGUGUGUGAUAACAGCAACUGCGUUCCUUUUGAACAUGUAUGUAACCUGGUCGACAAUUGCGGAGAUGGUUCGGAUGAGAGACAAUGUACCAACAAUUUCCUCUGCGUCUCUCAGGACUAUCUUGCUCUGUCCCAGAAAUGUGACGGUAGUAUCGACUGUCCGGACACGUCUGACGAGUGUAAUGAUGAGUGUGGGAGACAGAUCAUCAACACGAUUUAUUUAAAGAUCACUGCAGCGGUGAUCGGAAUACUAGCCAUGGCUCUAAACUUUGUUGCUAUGUCACAGUCACUGUUUGGAAAAUGGGAGAGUAAACAUGUAAAUUCGGUGACAAACAAGGUUUUUAUUGUGCUGAUAGGAUUGGGAGACCUCCUGACAGGGGUGUACUUGGUUAUUUUGUCUGGACUUGACAUUUAUUACGGGGAGACGUUCUGCAUAUUUCAGAUAGAGUGGUUGACCAGCAAAGUCUGCAGCCUGAUAGGGGUGGGCAACACUAUAGGUUCCCAGAUUUCACUUUUUUCCAUGACAGCAUUGAGUAUUAUCCGCUACCGCUCUAUUAACUCUUUUACAGCUCCUAGAAAUGUGAGUUGUAGAUUCUGGGUUAAGAUUUCUCUGAUCUGCACGUUGAUAUUUUUGGCAUCAGUAACCAUAGCGGUCCUGCCUCUUCUCCCAGUCAUGGAGGAUUUCUUUGUGAAUGGACUGGUGUAUGACCAACACAUCCGACUUUUUGUUGGAAGUAAAAGUAAAAUCGCCCAUUUCAGUAUCUUCCAGGAAUACUUUGGUCGAAUGAACAAGAAGGUAUUGAAGUGGUCGGUGAUAAACGAACUAGUGGACGCAAUGUUCUCACGAGAUCAUGGUGGGAUAAGGAGACAUCCCCUUAGAUUCUACGGAAAUGACCCAGUAUGUCUGUUCAAAUAUUUCGUAACUAACGAGGACCCUCAGCGAGUCUUUGUCUGGUCAGUCUUACUACUGAACUUUAUUUGCAUCUUCACAAUAACCUGCUCUUAUGUCCUGAUAAACUUAAUAACUGUAUCCUCUUCGAACCUAGUUGCCGAUGAUAGGUCUAAGAAGUGUCUCCGCAAACAACACCGGAAAAUGCAGAGGAAGAUUGCGAAAUUAAUAACGACUGAUCUUGUGUGCUGGUGUCCUUUCUUAGCUAUUUGCAUUCUACACUCCUUUGAAGUUCUAGAUGCCACUCCAAUGUACUCUUAUUUUUCAAUACUUGUUUUGCCCAUAAACUCUGCCAUCAAUCCGGUGCUUUACAAUGAGAUUGUAAAUUCGUCGAUUCACGAAGCGGUUAAAAAAAUAAAAAAAAACUUUUAA